AUGAUUAUUUUCUCUCUUAAUAUUAGAGGAGGUGGUAAGGGAGUGAAGAGGAAGAGAAUUGGUUUCAACAUUCAAAUAGGUAAGGUUGACUUAGCUUUUUUACAAGAAACAAAGUUGAGGAACUUACAGCAUCAAUAUGUUAAGGAAUUGUGGGGAGAUGAGUGGGUGGAGUGGUCUCAUUUGGAGGCCGAAGGAGCAUCGGGAGGUAUUCUUAUUAUGUGGAGGAAAGACUUUUUCAAUCUCUUAUAUAGUUUCCGAGGCGAGGGUUUCUUAGUUGUUUGCGUGGAAAAGGAGAACAAAAGAAUUUAUUUUGUCAAUAUUUAUGCUUCUUGUGAUCACAAAGCUAGAAUGAAUUCUUGGAGGAAGCUAACGGAUUUGAAGAGGAGGAGUUUAGAUGGAUCUUGGUGUAUAGGAGGGGAUUUCAACCUUGUUACUUCUUCGGAGGAGAGGGUCGGAAUAUCGAAGAAGAAUUAUAAUAGGGAGAUGGAGGACUUCAAAGAUUUUAUCAAGGAGAUGGAGUUGGUGGAUCCUCCCACGAUGGGAGGUAAAUUCACUUGGUCCAAUAAGUGUGGUAGUGCUAUGAGUAGAUUGGAUAGAUUUCUUUUAUCUUCUUCUUUCAUCGAUGAUUGGAAGGAGGAGUGGAAAUCGUUGGAGGUGAAGGGUAGAGGGGAUUUUUGCCUAGUACAGAAAUUGAAGGCCCUUAAAAGUAAAAUUAGUGCUUGGAACAAGGAGGUGUUUGGGUGGAUAGACCUUAACAUUGAUGAGGCGGGAAAAGAGAUGCACUUUUUAGAUAACAAGUUUGCUAUUUUUGCAGGUAAUGUUUCGGAGGAGGUAGUCGUAAGAAGAUCUAAGGUGGCUAUAGAGUUUUGGGAUAACCUUUACAAAAAAGAAGGUUUCCUUCGAUUACAGUCGAGGCAAUUGUGGCUAGCCGAAGGAGAUAGUAACACGAGGUUUUUCCAUAAUUCUCUUAAGGAGAGAAGAAGGCGGAAUUCUUUGUGCUCUCUUUCUUCUAGUAGCGGCGUGCUAGAGGAUGUUAGCGAAGUCAAAGACUUCACGUUCAACUAUUUCAAGUCUUUCUUCAAAGAGGUGGAGGAGGGGCGGCCGAACAUUAAUGGUUUGGUUUCGAAGAAACUUCUUGUUUCGGAAGGGUUGAAUAUUGAGCGUCCGUUCACGGAGAGGGAAAUUAAGGAGGCUAUUUGGUCGUGUGAUGGUAACAAAAGUGCGGGGCCGGAUGGUUUCUCUUUAGAAUUCAUCAAGCGGUUUUGGGUUGUGAUUCGGGAAGAUGUGCAAUAA